AUGAUCAGCUCCUGCUGCUUUUCUCCUGCCUGCUGCCAGCCAACAUGCUGCAAGACAGUCUGCUGCAGAACAACUUGCUGCCAGCCAUCCUGCUGUGAGUCCACCUGCUGUCAGCCGACAUGCUGUAGGACAGUUUGUUGGAGAAACACUUGUUUUGAACCAACCUGCUGUGAGUCCAACUGCUGCCAACCUACCACUUGUGACUCUAGCUGCUGUACACCUUGCUGCCAGCCAUCCUGCUGUGAGUCCAGCUGCUGUCAGCCAACAUGCUACAAGACAGUCUGCUACAGAACAACUUGUUGUAAACCAAUCUGUUGUGAGCCCAACUGCUGCCAAACUUGCUGUCAGCCAUCCUGCUGUGAAUCCAGCUGCUGUCAGCCAACAUGCUGUAGGACAGUCUGCUGCAGAACAACCUGUUGUGAGCCAACCUGCUGUGAGUCCAGCUGCUGCCAACCUACCCCCUUCUGCUGCAAAACUACUUGUUAUAAACCAACCUGCUGUGUGCCCAGAUGCUGCCAGCCCUGUUGUAGACCCAGCUGCUGUGUGUCUAGUUGUUACCAGCCAGUGUGCUGCAGGACAGUUUGUUGCAGAACCACAUGUUGUAAGCCAGCAUGCUAUGGGCCUAGCUGCUGGCAACCUUGCCAUCAGCCAUCCUGCUGA